CGACCUUUGUUUGUGCACGAAGGACUUGGAAGACGACAACCAAACGAUGGUUGGCAAAGUUGGCAAAGUUGUCGCUGUCGGUGGCGGUGGUGGCAGCAAUGGGGUGUUCGAUCAUGUGGAGCACAACGACGGAAGCCGGUACAAGGGGGACCUCGUCGGUGGCAAGAAGCACGGCUUUGGCGAGUACAUCUGGCCAGAUGGGUCCAUGUACAGGGGGGAGUGGAAAGAUAACAAGAUGCACGGCGCUGGCGUUCUUCACUAUGAGGAUGGAUCCUGCUAUGAAGGCGAGUGGAGCGAGGACCAAAAGCAUGGCUUUGGCACCAUGAACUUUGCCAACGGGGACCAGUAUCAGGGCCAGUGGCAUAUGGGCUUGAUGCACGGUCACGGGACCAUGAGCUACGCUGACGGCGCCGUCUACGAGGGCUCGUUCAAGGAAGGGCGAAAGCAUGGCGUGGGGCAGCACACGUUCGCGUCUGGACGCGUGUGGGCCGGCGAGUUUGUGGAAGGCCGACAGCACAAGCAGCACGCAGCACGUGAACCAGAUGCACCCAACGAUGACGACGAUGACACUGCACCUGCGUUCAGCUCGAACGUCUGACUUCUGUCUGACGCAUGCGUGUGUCUAAGGAUGCAAGUGUGUGUGUGUGUGUGUGUGUGUGUGUGUGUGUGUGUGUGUGUGUGUGUGUGUGUGUGUGUGUGUGUUGACAUGCAUGCCCGUGCAUGGAACGCUACACCCCCUGCGUCUCCAGCAACUGUGUGAAUGAGCGAGAGUGUAUGUGUGUGUGGUGUUGUUCAUUCGCUUGUGUUAUCCCCUCGAGUUGUGUGCGUUGUGCCUGCACUGUUGAUUCGGUGGCAAGCUACUCGUCCCCUUUUUCGUGUUCUCCCACCUGUUACAAUCCUCUACUGUCUCUCGUGUGUGUUUGCACCUGCGAUGAGGUUCUGCUGGUUGGAACUGUCAUGCGCAGUGUCUGCCUGCGUGUUGCAUCAGUUGAUGUCCUUGAAUG